UCCCAGGCCUGGCUCCUCCUACUCCAGGCGUGGGGCUCGUGCCCGCUGCUGCCUGCGCGCACCGCGCCGCUGCUCGCAUCCCCCCCACCCCUCCCGCUCCUGCCAACGCUUCCCCCUCCUCCUCUUCCUCCUCCUCCGCCCAUCACCGCCACUACGGACGCCUUCGCCUCCUUCUACUCCUCGCGCCGCCGCUGCCACCGCUCCUCACGCUCUCCUUCGGCUUCCAUCAGCUCAUCGCUCCCCGCUCGCCCGGCUGCUGCAAUCUCUCUCUCUCUCUCCCUCUCUCCCUCUCUCCCUCAAUCUCUCUCCCUCAAUCUCUCUCUCUCUCUCUCUCUCUCUCUCUCUCUCUCUCUCUCUCUCUCUCUCUCUCUCAAGUUUCCUAUCUAUUCGAGAUCAGGGCAAAGGGAGGAAAACACCCAGUUCUGCUUGCUGUUUCUGACUUUACAAAGAGUGGCGAUGAAGACGAAACUGAACGUCCACAGCAUGCAGUUGCUGCUUCUUGUUUUCUUGGUGUGGGACCCAGCCAGAGACCAGUCAGGAGGGGUCCUCCUCCAAGGCUUUCUGCAGCUGUGUGUGUGCUGCUGAUCCUCCCAGAGCCCACCUCCACCUCCUGGCUACAUUGGAGCCUGGCACACAGCCAGCGGAGUUUCCCUGAUGUCUAUAUUGCACUUGGCCAUUGGGUGGAGGUAUACCCAAAGUUGGUGCUGGCUAACAUCCAAGAAGAUGAGGCUAAAAAUAACAUUACCAUCUUUACAAGAAUUCUAGACAGACUUCUGGAUGGUUACGAUAAUCGGCUUAGACCAGGACUGGGAGACAGUAUUACUGAAGUCUUCACUAACAUCUACGUGACCAGUUUUGGCCCUGUCUCAGAUACAGAUAUGGAAUAUACAAUAGAUGUUUUCUUUCGACAAAAAUGGAAAGAUGAACGGUUAAAAUUUAAAGGUCCUAUGAACAUCCUUCGACUUAACAAUUUAAUGGCCAGCAAAAUCUGGACUCCAGAUACCUUCUUCCACAAUGGGAAAAAAUCGGUAGCUCAUAAUAUGACAAUGCCAAAUAAGCUUCUUCGAAUCCAGGAUGAUGGGACUCUGCUGUACACAAUGAGGCUUACGGUUCAAGCUGAAUGUCCAAUGCACUUGGAGGAUUUUCCAAUGGAUGCUCACUCAUGUCCUCUGAAAUUUGGCAGCUAUGCAUAUACAACCUCAGAGGUCACUUAUAUUUGGACAUACAAUGCAUCUGAUUCAGUACAAGUUGCUCCUGAUGGCUCCAGGUUAAAUCAAUAUGAUCUGCUGGGCCAAUCAAUUGGGAAGGAGACAAUUAAAUCUAGUACAGGUGAAUAUACUGUAAUGACAGCUCAUUUCCACUUGAAAAGAAAAAUUGGGUAUUUUGUGAUUCAGACAUAUCUGCCUUGCAUCAUGACUGUCAUUCUCUCCCAAGUGUCAUUCUGGCUUAACAGAGAAUCUGUGCCUGCAAGAACUGUGUUUGGAGUAACAACUGUUCUAACGAUGACAACACUAAGCAUCAGUGCUCGGAAUUCUCUCCCCAAAGUGGCUUAUGCAACUGCCAUGGACUGGUUUAUUGCUGUGUGUUAUGCAUUUGUGUUCUCUGCCCUAAUUGAAUUUGCAACUGUUAAUUACUUCACCAAAAGAGGAUGGGCUUGGGAUGGGAAGAGUGUAGUAAAUGACAAGAAAAAAGAAAAAGCCUCUGUCAUGAUACAAAACAAUGCUUAUGCGGUGGCUGUUGCCAAUUAUGCCCCGAACCUUUCAAAAGACCCAGUUCUCUCCACCAUCUCCAAGAGUGCAACCACGCCUGAACCCAGCAAGAAGCCGGAAAACAAGCCAGCGGAAGCCAAGAAAACCUUCAACAGCGUUAGCAAAAUUGACAGAAUGUCUAGAAUAGUUUUCCCAGUUUUGUUUGGUACAUUUAAUUUAGUUUACUGGGCUACGUAUUUAAACAGAGAACCUGUAUUAGGGGUCAGUCCUUGAAUUUAGACACAGGUUGACUUUGGGAUGUACAGCAACAUUAAACCUGGUUUGUUUUGCCAUGUACAGUCUGACUAAUAACUGCUAAUUUGUGAACCAACAUGUACAGUAUGUAUAUAGCUAUCUAGCUCAUAGACCUCUAAUGGAGACAUGCAUUUGCGAAACUCGUGGAACUGCAGGCAGAAAGCACCCCACGCCCAAAGAGCCAUUGCCUUUUUUUUAAAGAUUUAACCCUAGCAAUUGGUUUAAAGUGCAUUUCAGAUGACCUGAUUUAUUUCCUCUUCUUCUAAUAGCAAUGAGAAUGGAGAUCCUAUACCACAAUUUCUGGACCCUUUUGAUUUAGGUCUUAAAUAGGAGUAUUUUCUACUGUUGCUUAACUAUAAUGUAAGAUAACAUUGUCUUUCCAAGACAAAGCCCUCUAAAUAACAGAACCUCAUAUCUGCAACAUCAGUUCCCUUCCUGAGUGCUCAGAAGCCCUGCUAGUAUAAUUGGAAGCUUAGCACACAUCAGAAGAAAAACUAGAGAUUUGAAAUCAGCUUCUAAUUACUCUGUAUAGUAUCUAUAACCAUGUACAUAUUACAGCAUGACAAAUUCAAAUAAUUAUCAGUCACCCUAACAGGAUGUUCAUUAUGUCUAGACUUUAAUAACUAUCGGAAUGUCAUGGUCAUCACGUUUUUAGCAUCAGAAUUUAUUUGAAAGUAAUAAUUGAAAUCCUACAGAUUAUUUUAAUCAUUGGAAACUACCUUAAAUUAAAAAAAAAAGGACAAUAAAUAUGUCUUACUCUUUCCAGGUAUGUGUUGCAUUGAAAUUGAUCAGCUAAAUUUUCUUGGUGCUGGAGACUGGAACAAGUAUCCAGUUUGGCUGCUGUGGAGCAAAAUUCAUAUUGGAUUAGAAAAGUGUGCCAAGAACUCCCACUGAUGAGAAUUCAUAGGUGUCACAGAAUAUAGACGAGCACUUAUACGAUUCUCUCCUUUCCUGUUUACUGCAAAUUCUGCCUUAAGGCUUCUUUUCAUCAGGACUCAGAAGCCACUCAUUAUAAAGGAAAGGGCAGUUAAUUGGCACAUUUUUCUGUCUUGAAAGCAGCUCUUUCAGAUAAGAAUUAAUGUAAAUCUGCUUUUGUAAAUUGCAACUUUAAAUUCCGCUGACUCAAAUUUACAGCUUUGUAUACCAGAAGAGGUUUUGGUAAGAGUUGAACAUUUUUAACCUGAAACUUUAAAGCAUCACUAACAGAUUGAGGAUUAGUUCACAUGCACAAACACUUCUCUCUCUCUCACACACAAACACACACACACUCACAAGAACACACACACACACACAAUUAGCUAAAUUAGGACACAUACACAAACGUAGCUAAAUUAGAAACCAAAAUUUUCAAUUUUAUAUAAUUACUAAUUAUUAAUGGAUAAAAUUCAUUUUUCUUUUAACAUUUAAAAAAUACUCUCUAUCUCCCUGAAAUAUGUUAAUAGAAGUUAACAAUUGUGUCUUAUGCCUAGAUGCAACAUUUUUGGCAAACUUAAAAUCCUUCGACUCACAUAUACAUUAGCAGUUAUUAGUUGACUUUUACUAAUAGAUACACCUUUCUGAUGGUGUUUUUGUAGAAACAUAAGUAGUCAAAUAGUGGCAUUUCUUGCAGUUUUGUACAGUAUUUCAGUAUAGUGCAUAAAUAGGUAUGUUCAUAAAAUCAGUAAAAGGAUUAUCCUAUGGAAAUAAGCAAAAUCACAACAAAAACUGCUAUUCCUUUGCCUCAUUUAAAUUUUUUUUUCAUUUUCCUUGUUUCAGUGUGAUUCUAUUAUGUGCUUUGCAUGAUUGUAUUAAUACCAAGGUCACAAAUGCAUCUUAUGAGCAGAAUUUGCCAUGAAGACAGCUUUGAUAUUAAAAAUUCCCUCACAAAAGGAAAUCCAUAACCCUUAAUAAAAUAAACUUGCAACAUGA